UCUCUUGUGACUGCAACGUUCCUCCCAGGUCUCCGCUGUUUCUGUGUUAAAAAGCAAAAGUGUUUUUUUGCCUCUCACGGUUGUCGACAGUCUUCUCGUCACACGACAUAGUUUACCACGCAAAAAUGAAUUCCAGGUUAAACCUGACGCUAUUGACGACGUUCAUCGUUUGUUUGGCCGGCGUCGUUCGAUCGCAAUAUCCUCGUCCCCUACCACCACCCCCUUAUGCAGAUCACCGUUACGGCCCACCCCACCACCAUCGCCCGUACCACGGCCAGGAGGAAGAACAUCAUCAAGCGGAAUGCGCUCUAGUUGUUCCAGGAUUGCCCGGCAAAUCGGCUGCUGGCGACCGUUACGCAAAUUUGAAAUACGUGCCGGACGAGACGUGCAUCACGUACGAGGCGGUGGACGCGGCCUUUAACGCGGCCAAGACUAAACUUCGUUUGCCCAGCACCAAGAGCAAAACGCUGACGGAGCGCGAUAUCGAUCUGCUGGGCAAAGUCAUCGUCGAAACGACUCGCAAUUUGGCCAAUCAAUAUGGUCUUCCAGCUGAUGUCAUUUCCAACGGUCUUCCUCUGAUCGAUACGAGCAAGACGGCCAUCGAUCAAUUUUGCCCGUCUUUCCUCAAAAAAGAAGAGUCCAAAUGCAAGGCUGAACGCUACCGGCAAUACAAUGGAUUAUGCAACAACCUGGAACAUCCCUACUGGGGAGCCGCACUGACCGCUUUUCGCCGCAUGAUUCCGGCCGACUACGCCGACGGUAUCAGCCAGCCGCGCGGUUCGGCCAAAGGCAAAGAUCUGCCGACAACGCGGCACAUUUCAGCUGUCCAUCAUCACGACAUGGGCUACCACGAUCACGCCGUCACCGUCUUCCUCAUUUCGUGGGGUCAGGCCAUCGAUCACGACAUGACAUUUACGGCCGAUACCAAAGAUCCUGUGACGGAUACUGAUCCGCUGUGUUGCGACGUCCCGGAGAACAAGCGGAAUGAGGAAUGCUACCCAGUCGAAAUCCCGGCCAAAGAUCCUUUCUACGCCCUGUUCCGCCGCCGUUGCAUGGAAUUCGUACGCUCCGCUUCGUCUCUGAAAGGCGAAUGCAAAUUAGGUCCUCGUUCGCAUUUGAAUUUGAUUUCGAGUGUUUUGGACGCCAAUUGGGUUUACGGAUCGGAUAAGGAGACGGCCGACAUGUUGAGAACGUUCAAGGGUGGCCUACUGAAAAGCGCGGCCAUCUUCCGCGAGCACGGACUCAAGGACCUGCUGCCGCUCAAGGUAGACAAUCCAGACGACGGAUGCAUCCGGGCCACUCCAGACACCUACUGCUUCAUGGCCGGCGACCCACGCGUCAAUGAACAAUUGGUCCUCUCCGUCACGCACACGCUCCUCAUGCGUGAACACAACCGCAUCGCACAAGAACUGUCGACUAUCAAUCCGCACUGGGACGAUGAAAUCAUCUACCAGGAAACACGUCACAUCAUGGCAGCUUUGAUCCAGCAAAUCACGUACAACGAAUUCCUGCCGAUGGUGUUGGGCAAAGAUUUGAUGGAAUCGAACCGUUUGAUUUUGGAACGCGACGGAUUCUGGGACGGAUACGACGACAAAGUCGAUCCUUCCCUACCGGCCUCUUUCGGCGCUGCCGCUUUCCGUUUCGGACACUCGCUCCUGCCGUCGGCCGUCGAGCGCUGGAGCGUCAACCACAAGUACAUCGCCGCCCAGCGACUCAGCCAAAUGUUGCGCCAGCCCUACGACUUGUACAAAGGCGGAUACUGCGACCAGUACGUCAGCGGCCUCAUGAACCAAGUCUCGCAGGCCAUGGACGGCUCCAUGUCGCAAGAAGUCACCAACCAUCUGUUCCAGGAUUCGGGCAAGAACUGGGGACUCGAUUUGGCCGCUCUCAACAUGCAACGAGGCAGAGAUCACGGCCUGCCGUCUUACAACGCUUUCAGAGAGCACUGCGGACUGAAACGAGCAAACAGUUGGAGAGACUUGUCGGAUGCUUUUACGAACGAUACGUUGAAACAUUUCACUUCGAUUUACGAUUCGCCAGACGACAUCGAUUUGUGGUCGGCCGGUAUCUCCGAGCGUCCAUUGCCCGGCAGCAUGGUCGGCCCAGUUUUCGGUUGCAUUAUGGGACAAACCUUUAGAGAUUUACGAGCCGGCGAUCGAUUCUGGCACGAAAAUCCCAAGCAACCCAGUUCAUUUACCCUCGAACAAUUGCAAGAAAUCCGCAAAGUAAGACUGGCCCGCAUCGUUUGCGACAACAGCGACAACAUCGAAAGCGCCCAAGUUUACGUCAUGGUCUUGCCCGACCCCGAAAUCAAUCCUCGAGUGUCGUGCAAGAGCUCCGUCCUACCGCGGAUGGAUCUGAGCAAGUGGAAGGACAAAGAAAGCAAAUACCCGACGGCAGCUCAGCCUCCGGUUGGCCGUCCCCCGCAUCAUCGUCCGGAUUACAACAGGAGACCGCCACCACCUCCGCCGGGACAUCACCUCGGAUACCGUCCAUACGAAUCUGAUCCAUAAACUGCGAGGAGGAAAAAAAAAAACAAACAAGAAAAAACCCCCAAAAACAUCAAAAAUACGAUAGGAAAA